AUGUGGAUCCAGGUGCGCACCAUGGACGGCAGCCAGACGCACCGCGUGGACUCCCUCUCCAAGCUCACCAAGGUGGAGGGGCUGCGCCUGCGGAUACACGAGGUGUUCGGCGUGGAGCCCCACCGGCAGCGGCUCUUCUACCGCGGCAAGCAGAUGGAAGAUGGGCACUCCCUGUUCGAUUACAGCGUGGGGCUGAACGACAUCGUGCAGCUGCUGGUCAGACAAAGCCCGGCCGCGCUGCCUGCUGGCAGCAAGGACAAGGACCCCGAGCUCUCGGACAGCGACUCCGGCUGCGGCUCCGGCCCCAGCGAGUCCGACAAGAGCUCCCACAACGGGGAGGCUGCGCUGGAGCUGGAGGGACAGCCGGGCACGGCCGCCCAGCCCGACUGGGCAGACCCCUGCUUCGGCCUCUACAAGAUCAAUGACCUGGUGGAUGCUCGGGACACGGACAUGGGAGCGUGGUUUGAAGCCACAGUUGUGAAUGUAACCAGGAAAAAACCCACCAGUGGAUCAGCUGAGAGCUGCACAGACCCUGACCAGCCCACAGCUGUCCCUGAAGAGGAUGUGAUUUAUCAUGUGAAAUAUGAUGAUUACCCAGAGAAUGGGGUGGUGCAGAUGAGCUCGGGCAACGUGCGGGCUCGGGCACGGACCAUCCUCAAGUGGCACCAGCUGGAGGUGGGGCAGGUGGUGAUGGUCAACUACAACCCUGAUGAGCCCAAGGAGAGGGGCUUCUGGUACGAUGCUGAGAUCCUGCAGAAAAGGGAAACCAAAACCACCAGGGAGCUCAAUGCAAAGAUAUUACUUGGGGAAGCUGGUGAUUCCUUGAAUGACUGCACAAUUAUAUUAGUGGAUGAAAUCUAUAAAAUUGAAGAGCCAGGCACUGCUUCUCCCAUCAGUUCUGGAACGCCAAAACGACAGAGUGGACCCGUGUGUAAAGCCUGCAAGGACAACCCAAACAAGACCUGCAGGGUCUGUGCUUGUCACAUCUGUGGGGGGAAGCAGGAUCCAGAUAAGCAGCUCAUGUGUGACGAGUGUGACAUGGCCUUCCACAUCUACUGCCUGAACCCUCCCCUCAGCAGAAUCCCAGAUGAUGAGGACUGGUAUUGCCCUGAAUGUCGAAAUGAUGCAAGUGAGGUGGUUUUAGCAGGAGAGAAAUUAAAAGAAAGUAAAAAGAAACAAAAGAUGGCAUCUGCUAAUUCCUCCUCCCGGAGAGACUGGGGCAAGGGCAUGGCGUGUGUGGGGCGCACCAAGGAAUGCACCAUCGUCCCCUCCAACCACUAUGGACCAAUCCCUGGCAUCCCCGUGGGCACCAUGUGGAAAUUCAGAGUUCAGGUGAGCGAGUCUGGGGUGCACAGGCCCCACGUGGCAGGGAUCCACGGCAGGAGCAACGAUGGGGCCUACUCCUUGGUGCUGGCAGGAGGAUAUGAAGAUGACAUUGAUCAUGGGAAUUCCUUCACCUACACGGGCAGUGGGGGCCGGGACCUGUCUGGGAACAAGCGCACGGCAGAGCAGUCCUGUGACCAGAAACUCACCAACAUGAACAGGGCCCUGGCUCUGAACUGCAGUGCCCCCAUCAACGACAAGCACGGGGCUGAGGCCAAGGACUGGCGGGCGGGGAAGCCGGUCAGGGUGGUCAGGAACGUCAAGGGAGGCAAGCACAGCAAGUAUGCUCCUCUGGAGGGCAACAGAUACGAUGGCAUCUACAAGGUGGUGAAAUACUGGCCUGAGACGGGGAAAUCUGGGUUCCUGGUGUGGCGGUACCUGCUGAGGAGGGACGAUGAAGAACCUGCUCCUUGGACCAAAGAGGGGAAGGACAGGAUGAAAAAGCUUGGCCUGACAAUGCAGUAUCCUGAAGGAUAUUUGGAAGCUGUUGCAAACAAAGACAAGGAAAAAGAAAAUAAUGGAGAUGAUGAGUUUGAUACCCCAGGGAAAGGGAAGAGGAAAAGGAAAUCAGCAGGUGGGGAGGAAACACCUGUCUCCUCUCCAGCAGGGACUCCAAAGAAAACUAAAGUUGAGCCAUACAAGCUGACAUCCCAGCAGAAAUCUCUUAUAAAAAGUGAUGAAGCCAAUGAGAAGCUGUGGAAUGAAGUCCUAGAGGCUCUCAAAGAUGGACCUAAAUUUCUGAAUAAAGUGGAGGAGGCCUUUCUGUGUAUUUGCUGUCAGGAGGUCGUGUUCAGGCCAGUCACCACCGUGUGCCAGCACAACGUCUGCAAGGACUGCCUGGACAGGUCCUUCAAGGCCUCGGUGUUCAGCUGCCCCGCGUGCCGCUACGAGCUGGGCCGCAGCUACAGCAUGGAGGUGAACGAGGCCCUGCAGAGCGUCCUGGCCCAGCUCUUCCCCGGCUAUGGCAGCGGCCGGUGAUCCCCCAGAGCACUUCUCCCUCCCUCCUCCCUCCCUGCC